AUGCACCCACCAUUGCCCCCUCUCCCUCAGGCACGCGACAGAUGCACCGGGGGAAUCUUCAUUCCAAGAAAAAAGACCAGGAUCCGAUGGCUAGAGGAUGAUGCUCGAAGGCGGGCAACAUUGAAGAAGAGAAGGAGAGGUAUCAUAAAGAAGGCAGAGGAGUUGCACAUCCUCUGCGAUGUGCAGACAUGCGUCCUCAUCUUCAGCCCCAACGAGGAACAACCAGAGGUGUUUCCAAACAUCGAACAGGCAGUGGAAAUGUGUAGGAGGUUCAAGCAGCUGCCGAAGUUCAACAGAGCUAAUCUUAUGCUCACCAACGUGCAGUUCAUUCAGGUAGAUUACCAGAUACUGAAAUGGGUAACCGAUAAUCUGACAACAAGCCUUUUGAAUGUGUUUAAGGAAUGA